AUGUGCGGCAAGACGUUCCCAAGGAAAAGCGCAAUUCUCUCGCAUGUUCAGAUGCACCUGGACAUCCGUCCAUUUGCUUGCACCUGGCCUGGCUGCAAAAUGAAGUUUGUGCGGAAUCAUGACCUCGGGCGGCAUGUUCGGAGUCGACAUACACGCCAGAAACCUUUUGUAUGCGAAUGGUAA